AUGGCGGAGUCCAACAGCAGUCUCCGAUUUCUCUUUGUAUUUUUGCAGCACUUGAGGGAGCGCGUGAAGCAGCACACGUCCACAGACAGCCCUAGUUAUACAUCCGGGGUCCAGUUUAAAACGUUUGACCCAGCAAAGGAUUUGGUGGACUGGGAGAAGCCGCUGCUGUGGCAAGUGGGUCACCUACGAGAAAAGUACGACGAGUGGGUGCACCAGCCUGUGGACCGGCCAAUACGACUCUUCCACUCAGAAUUCGUAGAGUGGUGCUCCAAAACUUCAUGGUACAUCGUGUUGGCAGUGUGGGCGCCGAUUGUUGUAUAUUUAACCUGGUAUUGUCUCUCAGAACUCUCCCGGGGGGACACAAGACUCUUCUCCUCCUUCACAACAGAUUAUUCUAUUCCAGUCCCAGCUUUCUGCUUCUUCCCUCUCUUCUUCGUCGGCAUGAUGGUUUGGACCUUGAUGGAAUACGGCAUUCACCGGUAUAUAUUUCACAUGAACCCCCCAGCCAGCAACUACUUUCUCAUCACCCUGCACUUUAUGCUGCAUGGACAGCACCAUAAGGCUCCUUUUGACAGCUCGCGGUUGGUGUUUCCUCCCGUCCCGGCGUCCUUCGUGAUCGUUCCCCUCUACCUUGUCCUGCAGAUGGUUCUUCCUCCUGUGUUGGGUCUCUCCCUCUUUGUAGGAGGCCUCUUCGGAUACGUGGUAUAUGACAUGAUGCAUUACUAUCUACAUUACGGGUCGCCGACGAAGGGCUCCUACCUCGCCUGGCUCAAGUCUUACCACGUCCGCCAUCACUUUGAGCAUCAAAAAACAGGAUUCGGAAUCACUAGCACCCUCUGGGACCGUCCGUUUAAUACCCUGAUCCCCGAAGACGCCAUUACGGAAUACUAGGAACCACUCGCUGCGGAGAAUCACUGCGCCGACUCGGAUCGCCUGCUGAGAUGGGGGGAGGAGAAACAUCUUACUUCAGUCUUCUUCUUUGUAUUUUUAAUUAUAUUUUAUUUUUAUUUUUUUUGUUUUUUUAUUUCUUUAUCUUUUUUUUUUUCCAUUGAUCCCACAGAAGUUUCUCGGCAGGAAUUAAUUAUUUAUUUAAGUGUAAAGCCAAAUCAAGAGGGGGGAGGGGGGUUAGGGGCGGAGGAGGCUGUACUGUACCGAGCCCGCGGCGUCUUCUGGAGGGGGGCCUCUAAUGACGCAGUGCGGGGGAGGAGCACGUGACCAAGGGAAUGGACUUUUUUUAAUGACCAAAAAUGGCACUGACAGAUCUAAAAAAAACAAAAAAGAAACAAAAAAAAGUUAACCAGAUGUAUGAAACGCUCGUUGUAAAUCCAUAAUAUGUACAAAUGCCUGGAAAUAAAACUAACUUUUGUUUUUUCUCUUA